AUGGCGGCGGCGGCGGCGCCCCCGGCCGAGCCGGGGGGGGGCCCCGCGGAGGACCUGCCGCCGGCCGAGGCCCGGGAGCUCCCCCGGGAAGAUGGCGCCCCCACGACCCCCGCCCGGCGGGCUCGGGGCAGCGAGGGCACGGAGGGGCUGGGGGGCCUGUCGCCCGGCGAGCUGACGGCCAUCCAGUGCAAGAACGUCCCCGAUUACCUCAAUGACAGGACGGUGCUGGAGAAGCACUUCGGCCAGUUCGUAAAAGUUCGACGGAUCAUGACCAGGCGCAAUAAAAAGAUGGCCGUUCUCCACUUUUUUGAUCAUGCCUCUGCAGCUCUUGCCAGAAAAAAAGCGAAAGAGUUGCACAAAGACAUAGUAACCUUUUGGCAAAAGAAGAAAACAAGUCCAGCAAAAAGAGAAUUUUCAUCCAAGGAGAAGAAAGCAGGUGAAGAUGAAGGAAGGCAAAGCAGUGAAGAGCAAAGCUAUCAGCAUUCUCCUCUUCGAAAACCUUUAAUAAGAUCCUCUGCCAGCAGCGUCAUGCCUGGUAAAAGUUCUCCGGCCAAGAAGCCUGGUCUCCGAAAGGCACUGCAGUUUGAAACAGAUCUGUUUGAUUCUAGUUCUGAAGGGCAGAGCUCAGAGGCCUUGGGAGCUUCAUUGUCAUCUCUUGGUAGUCUGGUAGGAUUAGUAGCCGAGACAUCUGAAGAAAGAUACCGUCUUUUGGACCAAAGGGACAAAAUCAUGCGACAAGCUCGAAUAAAAAGGACUGAUCUUGGCAAAGCAAAAACCGUUGUUGGCACUUGCCCAGACAUGUGUCCUGAAAAGGAGCGCUACAUGAGGGAGACAAGAAACCAGCUCAGUAUCUUUGAAUUGCUUCUAGGAUCUGACAAGGUAGAUCAUGCAGCAGCAAUCAAGGAAUAUAGCAGGUCUUCAGCAGAUCAGGAGGAACCUUUGCCCCAUGAAUUGAGACCGUCUGAGGUGUUGAGCAUGACCAUGGACUAUUUGGUCACAAACAUUAUGGAUCAAGGAGAAGGAAACUACCGAGAAUGGUAUGACUUUGUCUGGAACAGAACUCGUGGAAUAAGAAAGGAUAUAACCCAGCAACAUCUCUGCAACCCGCUGAUGGUGUCUCUGAUUGAGAAGUGCACUCGCUUUCACAUCCAUUGUGCUCACCACUUGUGUGAAGAGCCUAUGUCCUCCUUUGAUGCCAAAAUCAACAAUGAGAACAUGACUAAAUGCCUUCAGAGCUUGAAGGAGAUGUAUCAGGACCUGGCUAACAAGGGGAUUUACUGCAAGAGUGAAGCAGAGUUCAGAGGUUAUAAUGUCUUGCUGAAUCUCAACAAGGGUGAUAUUCUCAGAGAAGUACAGCAGUUCCAUCCAGAGGUUAGAAACUCUCCUGAAGUUAGAUUUGCAGUUCAAGCUUUUGCUGCAUUAAACAGCAACAACUUUGUGAGGUUUUUCAAGUUGGUGCAAGCAGCUUCCUAUCUGAAUGCCUGUCUCCUACAUUGUUAUUUCAACCAGAUUCGUAAAGAUGCUCUCAAAUCUCUCAAUAUUGCCUACACUGUGAGCACCCAAAGAUGUACAGUGUUUCCCUUGGAUCACCUGGUCCGCAUGCUACUGUUCAAAGAUUGUGAGGAAGCGACUGAUUUUAUAAGUUAUUAUGGCCUGAGCGUAUCUGAUGGUGCUUAUGUGGAGCUGAAUCGCUCAGCUUUCUUGGAGCCAGACGGAUUACCCAAACCACGUAAAUCAAUGUUUGUCAGCCAGAAGCUAACUGUCUCAGUUGGGGAAGUUGUAAACGGUGGGCCGUUGCCCUCGGUGCCUCACCACGUGCCUGCGUCCAGCUUCAACGGACAGAACAAGUAUACUGGUGGAAGCACUUCUGUGGAUCAAGCUAGUAGUGGCCAAAAAUCCAGUGUGGAAGCAACAGAAGGAAGAGUGGAAAGCAAAGGUGUGGAUUUAGAUGCCGCAGCAGUAAGAGUCCAGCCCCCAGCUCAUCUUCUGCCCUCACUGUUGCCUCGUCAGCUUGUGCCAGUGGUGCCUCCUGUGCAGGCAAUCUCCCAACCUGCUGGACAACCUGAGCCUCUCUCUUCAAAGCCUCAGCCUGUCUACACAGACACACACAUCGCCGAAGUGGUGGACGGGCUUGUGCACGACGUCCUCAAAGGAGAGUGCAGAGAAGUUGGCAGAGCAGGAGUGGCUUACGUGACUGCUGCCAUCUGCACCUCGGAGGCCACUGUGGAGGAACUCAUGACUGAAGUGAUGGGCGAGAUCCUCAGACAAGUGGCUGGAAGCGUACUUAGCACGGAAAGGGAGCGUGUCAAAGAGGAAAGGCGCAGAGUGGAGGAAGAGAGGCAAAAGCAGGAAAAAGAACAGUUAAUAAAGCAGUUGAGCCAGUUGGUGGGUAUGGAGUUAAUGGAAGAAGUAAUAAAGGAGAGUGUUCAAGAAGCUUCAGCCAAUGAGUUAAAAUGUGCCUUAGAAAGAGACUGGCAAGCCCGUAUUGCCCGGUGUUCAGAAGAAGUCUGUGGUCACAUCAUGGACCUCUUUCUGGAGGAUGAGAUUUUCCAGAUUGCUAAGGAAACCCUUCAGGAGCUCCAGUGUUUCUGCAAGUACUUGCAACGGUGGAGGGAGGCAGUGGCAGCUCGAACAAAGUUGAAACGUCAAAUGAGGGCAUUUCCAGCUGCUCCCUGUUGCACAGAUCCAAAAAAUAAAUUGAAAGCACUGUCCCCUAGUGCUGAGUGGCCUAUAGCCAUGGAGAACUUGUGCAAGAGAAUUGUAAACCUGGGGAAUGGAGGAAAGCUGGGGAUCUCUUGCACAAGAUUGAAUUGGCUGAGAAACAAGACAGCGCAUGAAAUUAAAGUUCAGCACUUCUACCAGCAAUUGUUAAGUGAUUUAGCUUGGACUCCCCUGGAUCUUGUGUCAUUAAUCACUGAGCGUAUUCCAGUUCAACAAGAACAGGUUUUUUGGAAGGUGCUGUUGGUUUUGCCAAAUGAUGAUGAAUAUGUGGAGGAUGAUCCCAACAGGGUACUGGUGGAUUGGUUGAAAGCCAAAUUUAUGGGAGACAAAAGCUGGAAGAAAAAUGCUUCACAUACAGAAGGUAGAAUUCAAACACUGACGUUAUUUAAUUCUCCUGGCAUGCAAGGGAGCAGAAGCGUUACAGUCAGUGUGUGUAUAAAGGUGGCACAUGGCACGCUGUCUGACUUGGAGCUUGAUACAGCUGAGAUGCAAAAAGACUUGCUUGGAACCAGUGGUCUCAUUCUUCUCCUGCCCCCUCGAGUUAGGAGUGAAGAUGUUGCAGAAGAUGAUGUUUAUUGGCUUUCAGCUUUGCUGCAAUUGAAACAGUUGCUUCAGGCCAAACCUUUCCACCCGAUAGUUCCCUUGGUGGUUCUAGUUCCUUCUGGUCAGGAAGAGGAGGCCACAGAGAAAGAAGUAGAAGAAGGUUUGAUGCUGCAGGACUUGAUUUCAGCCCAGCUUAUUUCAGACUAUGCCAUUGUUGAGCUCCCAGGUUCUAUCAAUGACUUACAAGGCACCAGAAGGAUCUCUGCGGCUGUGGGCUGGCUGGUUUCCCAAUGCCCUGACUCCCUUAAGCUCUGCAGUCAGACCCUUCGGGAGUAUGUUGAGGAUGGGAUUGAUGGUGAAUUUGGCAAGCGCUUCUACCAUGACUGGAAGGAGAGACGUCUAGCUGGCCUGCCAUCUCAGGAGCCUGGCGUCAUCAUAGAGCUGUACAACAGCGUGCUGCAGUUUCUUUCGGAUGUGGCAUCCUCGGAGCACCUUUGUGACUUGUCUUGGCCUGUUACUGAAUUUUCAGAGCCUGGGGGUAACAAGCUGUUGCCCCACCUGCAGUGGAACAUGCCUGAUCACCUGGCCUGGCUGAAGAAGGCUGUGCUGUCCUUCCAGAUCCCGUACCUAGAUCUGCCUCCAUUAGGUGCUCCUUGGCGUCCUGUUUGCCGCAUGAUUUUUCAGUAUGUGUCUCAGAUUGCUAGUUCUUCCCAUACUCAACCACUGAUCCAGUCUCAAGUGGAGAAUCUGCUGAGCAAAACUUACCAGAAGUGGAAAAACAAAACAUCUGGGAACGCUGAUGAAGGUGGACCUUCUGUUGAUGAGAUCCCUUGGGAUGAUAUCUUGGCAGUCUGCAUUGAUCAUAAACUGAGAGACUGGAAGCCACCCAGACUGCCUGUUGCUCCAGAAGCAGUAAGUGAAGAUGGUCAGAUUCGUGUGUACUUCUUCAAGGAGCAUUUAAAGAACUUCACUCUCCCUUUUUCCUGGGAACGAGCUAGACUGCGCACGCAGGAGGAGGUCCGGCAAGGCCACGAGAGGUCAAGGGUAAAAUCUCCGAACUCUUUUAAGAAAACGUAUAGUGUCUCCGUGAUGCCUGGUCAAUAUGAUUCUGGCAUGAGCAUGCUGUCAGGUCAAGAAAAGAGCAUUCCCAGUGCAGAUGAAUUCACAAACACAUCCUCAGCCCAGGAGCUUCUCCCAGAGCGUCUGUUGGCACAGUUGCAACUGGAGAAAAUAGAAAGCAGGAGGUUUGAAGAACAGUUGCACCAAUGUCUAGCUGAGGACACUGAGCCCCUUGGUGAUUUUGUAGGUCUUCCUCUCUACCUUCCCCAGUCUCUGGUCUCCACCCCAACUGUCACCUGUCCGUUGAUGAAGAGUCCUGCGUCAUCUGCUCAAGAGGCUGGGAGUCAAGAGGGAUGCAAGCGUUUGGUGGAGGAGCCAAGCCCCACACUGUCGGACAGACUGAAACACUUGAAACAGCUCCUCAGAGCGAACAAGGAGGGUGAAGUUGCCUCUGAGCUCCACCUAUCUGCUCUGGUGGACAUGGUGGAUAUUUGA